CACUCCAGUCCGUGUGGCGGUGGCGGUAAAUGCACCAAAAGUUGGUUUUCCAUCUGCCAUAAAAAGUUAUUAGAAGAAGAAGCAGCAGGAGCAACUUUCGUCAGUUUAAUGCAGAUUAUGUGAAAAUGUUUCGAUUAAUUUUGUUCUCGGUGUUAUUGCUUUUAUUCGACCCAGGUAUUUUUGAUGAUAUUGUCAGUGUGUCAGUGAUGGAGGGAGAUCUAGUCACACUACACACUGGUGUUCACUCACACGAACAAGAUGAUAUUAAAUGGUAUUUUAAUAAAAUUCGCAUAGCUGAAAUCAAUGGAGAUCUCAGUAAAGCCUGUACAGAUGUUCAGUGUAAUGAAGGUACUGAGAGAUUCAGAGACAGACUGAAGCUGGAUGAGACUGGAUCUCUGACCAUCAUGAACACCAGAAACACAGACUCUGGAGUUUAUCGACUAAAACUCAUCAACCGCAUCAUCAGAGAAAAGAUCUUCAAUGUUACUGUUCAUGGUUUUCCUGAACCAGAAAAAAAGUCAGUGAAGGAGGGAGAAUCUCUCACUUUAGAUCCUGAUGAAAUAAGAAACCCAAAUGAUGUGAUGAGGUGGUAUUUUAAUGAUAUUCUCAUGGCUGAAAUCACUGGAGAUCAGAGCAAGGUCUGUGAAGAUGAUCGGUGUAAAGAGAGAUUCAGAGACAGAGUGGAGGUGAAUCAUCAGACUGGAUCUCUGACCAUCAAGAACAUCACAAAUACAGACUCUGGAGAUUAUAAACUGAAGAUCAACAGCAGCAGUCCUCGUCGCAUCAACAGUGGCAUGAUUAAGAACCACUUCAGAGUUACUGUUACUGUUCCAGAUUCAGGUCUGUCUUCAGGUGCUGUAGCAGGAAUAGUUGUUGGUGUUAUUGCUGUUCUGCUCGUUGCUGCUGCUGCUGUGAUUUACUAUCGCAAGUGUCAAGGAAGUACAGAAGACAACGGGACGCAGCAAGGUGAUCAGGUGAAUCAGGAAGAUUCAUUCCUCUAAGGCCCAUGUGAGGACUCCUGCCCAUGAGACUCUGACAUACUGUUUAACAGUAUCUAUGGGAUGUCCUCUAAUCAGACUGAGGCUGUCAGUGAGAUGUCAAUAUAACAUCAUUUAUUACACUGACACUUUCAUUGAAAGGACAGUGAAGAGACAGUGGAAAAUGAGAGAAAAGCAUCAGCUGAAACUCAACAAGAUUUCACUAUUCAGUAGCAAUACCAGUCAAAGUUUACCUCCACACUAAUUUCAACACCACAGCAACUAAUUUGAUAUUCAUUAUUACUCAUUUACAUAAUAAACCAUGUUGCCUAAAUAUUUUUCAAUUAUAUUAACAUUUCUUAAAGCAUAUCAGUAAUAAAACGAGGAGCAAAGAAGCACUCUACAAGCAAUAGUUCUCGACUUUUUUAGAGCAGAUGUUGGGAGCCUGUUUUUAUUUACAAAAGAGCCUUUUUUUCUUUUUCUUAAAGUUGCUGCAGAAACUUCAACAUUUUCAGAAUGAUCCCCGUUCACAUUGAUUUGCGAAAGCAACUAAAAACAUAUUUUGCUGCCAGGCCAGUAAUCGGCGAUGGCAGUGGCGAGCGGUGACUUUUUUUUUUUUAACCAAUUAUGCUGGGUGGCACGUUAUGUCAAAAAUGCACCUGGUGGAACCGAUCAGAUACGUUGGACGGGUUUAUAAUAAGCGAGACACUCAUGUUCGCUCUAGAUAGUGUUAGCUGCUCAGGUGUUUACUCUCAUGACACAUAGCAACACAGCUAAAGUUUUCCUAAUGUUUGAACUUUUAUGUAAAGUAGCCUACAUUUACCUGUUGAUGCCUUCGCAAGCACCCGUAAAAGCUGUUGAGUUGUGUUUGAGUUGAGUCAUGCACGACACAAGAAAGGGCUGUUUACAAAAUAUGCUUUAUUUUUGUAAUUUGGUUAGGUGGCACCAAUGUCGCAGAAACUACAUGCUUAACAUUUAAAGGUGUAAUAUGUCAUAUUUUUGCAGUAAAAUAUCCAAAAACCACUAGGCCAGUGUUAUAUAUUUUGUUCACUUGAGUACUUACAAUAUCCCAAAUGUUUCCUAUGAUUUGUAAAUAGUGAGAAAAUUGCUAUUUUAUCCAAGGCUCCGGGACGUGUGAGGAGUCGCCUGUCAAUUGCGUCAUACCCGCGUUACCCUCGGUCUGCUUCGGUUUCCGGUUUUAUUUUGUAGAAACCAUGGAAACACCAAAGACGCUUUAAAAUAUUACAUGUUUUAAUAGACAAUGGAACAACUAUUUUGAUACAUUUAUAGACAGAAAACUAAUUAUUUUUAUAUCGCUCAACACUUUUAGUCUUAUUGUUUAAAUCAAUUUUCUAUAUUUUUGCGAGUACCAUGCUUUACCAUGCCUCAGAGAAAAAUACUAUUUUGUCAAGUAGCUAACAUAGCAUAAUCAGAUGCAGCUUUAUUUUUUAGUAAUAGUAAUACAGAAUUUUCUAAAUCGUACAAUACAUUUUAAAAUGAAUUGCAUGCCAUUUAUCAACACAAGCCAUCCAGUAUUUAAUAUGAUAUUCCUAAAUCGAUCUAUCUUACUGCAGUGUGGAACAAGUGUCUCACAGCAGCCGCCGAGCGAACGCACAGAGUAAUGUUAUAACAUCAUUUUCAACACACUCAAACAGAGCUGCAUUACCUCAUACCAAAGUCCCUUUAAGACAAGUCAUUUCACUCGGCGGCCAUCUUUGAAACGCCUCUCGGGCAUCCUGGGCAUCAUGCAGCUCCUAUUUCUUUGAAUGGGGAAACAUCAAAUUCUCCAAAGCUGUUUGCCAAGCUUUCGAUUAAAUUUCAUAUUUGAAAUCACCAAUGAAAUCUGAUAACUGUCUCAUAAAUUUUUUUUCCAAACGCUCAAAUCAUGACAAAAGAACAGUAUUUAGGCUGGAUCAAGCUAAUGCGCAUGCGCAGACCUAAAUGCGCGUCUCUUGUGCCUGACUGUUUCUAUAGAAACCGGUGCUUCUAACGGCCGCUGCAGUGACGCGAUGACUUUACAGGUCGACGAUUGGCUCUUAUUUUGAAGGCGGGACUUAUUCCGCCAUAUUGAGCGUUACACUUUCUCCCAUUCAAAACAAUACGAGUGACAUGUCUUGUGUUAUUCUAUAGUCUUUGCUCAUACUCAUGACUGGAAAAGCGGAAGCAGCGCGGGUGACUGUGUCAUAAUAAAAGUCCCGCUGCUCGUGAGGCCUGUGUUGUGCAAUUGCUCCAGCGGCCUCGUUCAGCUCCCACAACACUCGGUCCUGCUCCGCUUCAUACUACAGUAACGUUAAUAAUCACAUUUGUGAACAUGAUUUCUUCCCGAGUCCUAUCCCAAUUAUUUUGCACCGCAUGUCCCAAGAUUCCGCACUCAAACUUGCCGUCAUCAAGCUACGCCUUUGUUUUGAAUAGCCUUCUAGUGACCUCUAGCGGACAGAAUUCUUAGAUACUGCACAUUUAAGUGCAUCGCCUGAGGACACACAUCAGAGAUGACAGACACCGUGGCAGAUGUCAAUUUAAAUGUAUGCCAGGUGUGUUUUUUUAUUAAGAAUUUUAAAAAUAAGUAUAAUAUUAGUAACCUAUUAUAAAUAAAGUAUAAGUAAAACAUAAUUAAAAUAAAUGUAAGUAUUAUUAAAAAAAAAAAGUAUUCUUUUAAAAAUAAGUUGAAAUAAUCAUAGAUGCAAACUCCUCACCUUUCAGUGACAACUCACCUUUUUGAGAUCAGAAUAGGUCACUUAUGGGAUUUGCAUAGAUCCAAUGAGAAAGUGUUUUUAUGGGGGGGGGGGGGGGGGGGGGGGGGGGGUCCUUACAAGGGUGCUUGGUUGUUUCAAUGAGUACUGUACAUUAGUUUUUAAAGUAAGAGUAAAGGAACAAUGUCUUUAAUGUUUUACUAAUGUCUAACUUUUACUAACGUUUAUAUAAUGUCUUUUAUGUAUUUGGGGUCUGAGAUGUGGGAAUGAUAAAGAGAGAGAGGGCAAACAGUUUGCAGUUUAGCUCAGUAUUGCCGUCUAAUCACCCAAUAUUGUCUUAAAUAUCCUGCAUUACAGUUUUAAAUAAAUUAAAAAUCCCUUAAAGUAACUACAAAUGAGCAUGUAAAGCAAAUUAAAAAAAAAAAAAAAAAAAAUCAUAUCGUGCAAAGCAUGCCCCCACCCCACGCAAUGUUCUCACCUUUUUUCCCUCUUACCUGUUUGCAUCCCUGAAUAAUACAAAUGGAUGACUUUAACAGACACAUAGACUAUCGAUUGACAGCUUCGGAUAGUUACAGUAGGUCUGUAUUUAACAAGUUUAUACGUUUUUCGUUAAAAAUAAAAUUCCCUAUGGAAAAAAAUGAAAUAAAUAGUUUCAUUCAUGACUUUUUUAACUUGAUUUGGUCUAUUUAGUUUUGUAUCAAAUACAAUGUGAUUUUCGUUGAUCGAGAUCUAUAACAACAGACCGUAGGCGCCAAAGCUGCCGUGGAUCUGCUUACAUGAACUCUCAUCAAGUUUUAGAUUCAAAGAAAAUUACCAUCUUCUGGCAAACAAAUAAAUGACAGAGAGUUACAUAGGUAUUACCAACAUUUUAUCAUGUAAGCUUUAUGGUACACCUCAAACAAGGGAAUUUAUUGUAAUUUAGUGUUCAUGUUAAUUAGCAAGUCCACAAGUCAUUUCAUUUAAAAGAGUGGCCAAAAUGCACGAAGUUUUUGUAUCCGAAAGUUCUAAAUCUGAGUAUGUUGUAUAACCUGCUUUCUGGAAAACCCUGCUCUUCACAGUGUAGCAUGUACACAAAUAUGUAUUUUUUUUUCAAGGCAGCUGUGAGUCAAACAAUAAGUAUUCAGGUAUUGAAUUAAGUCUGUACUGCUGAUACUGUAGGUGUUGUUACUGGUAUGAUUCCUGUUACUGGAAAACACUGAUAUUGUUAUGUUGCAAAUGUACCUAAGCCUUUUAACUAUUUUAACCAGCAAGGUGCCUUUGGUCAACCAUCUUCAUCAAGAAAAAAAACCCAAAACAAAACUAUGAACUGUUGUAAAGUUGUUACUUAGUGUUAAGCUAAUGAAAAUACUUCAUGUGAUUGUCAGGAGAAAUGUUACAGCACGAUUUCCACACUAACGGUUGAAACACUUGUCAAACAUAGCAUUAAGUCAAACAUGUUUGUGAACAAAACAUUUGUGAUAUUUAAGUGUUGAUCAGUUUAUUAGUAAACAUUGUUUUAAUAUGCUAGAAGACAAACCAAGUAAGAAAAAUAAUCUUGUUUUAAGAAAAGCAUGUUUUUUUUUUGUUGUUGUUGCAGUUUUUUUUCAGUGUAAAAGUGUAUUUUUGUAUGUUUUCUCUCCACUAGUCUGGAACAACAACAAAAUUUAUAAAAAGCCAAAUAGCCCAAAUCUCAAAAUGGACCAAUGCAUUAAAAAAUGCCUGUAGUGUCUUGCCUUAAAUCAUUUGCAGUUGAGGGUACUGUGCUUCUGAUUUUUGUUGUUAUCUGAAUACUUUGUUUUUGCUUUAAAAUCUAAUAAUAAACCAUUUGUAAUGAAGAAA